AUGGCGCUAGUAUUCUCUUCUUGUGGGCUAGGUGCUGUAAUGAACCUCAGUGCUUUGAAAACCAAUGUGAGCUCCUCACGCAAGAAAUUUCUUACUUGUAAAAGAAGCAAGAUAGUUGCAAGCAACCAAGGGACAAAUACAACCGCAAGCUAUUCUGCUCUCGCGACCGAGCCACUGACUAAAGAAGAUCUCAUUGCCUAUUUUUCUUCUGGAUGCAAAACAAAGGAAAUGUGGAGAAUAGGUACAGAACACGAGAAAAUCGGUUUCGAUGUCAAGACUUUGCGCCCUAUUAAGUAUGAACAAAUAACUGCACUGCUUAAUGGUAUUUCUGAGAGAUUUGAUUGGGAUAAGGUGAUGGAGACUGGGACAAUCAUUGGUCUGAAACAGGGAAUGCAAAACAUAUCAUUAGAACGAGGAUGCCAACUAGAGCUAAGUGGAGCACCUCUAGAGACUUUGCACCAAACUUAUGAUGAGCUCAAUUCACACCUUUACCAGGUGAAAACUGUUGCUGAGGAUUUGGGAAUUGGUUUCCUAGGAAUUGGUUAUGAACCGAAAUCUAAUCUUGAGGAUGCAACCAUUGUGCGCAAGAGAAGGUAUGACAUUAUACAAGGCUAUUUAGACAGAAGUGGCUCAGGACCUGACUUGGGUCUCAGAACGUGUACUGUUCAGGUCAAUCUAGACUAUAGUUCAGAAACCGAUAUGAUCAGGAAAUUUCGCGCUAGUCUAGCUUUGCAACCUAUUGCGACAGCUCUAUUCGCAAACUCACCUUUUAGUAAUGGAAAACCAAAUGGGUUUCUAAGUAUUAGAAGCCAUUUAUGGAUAGAUACCGAUAAGAACCGAACAGGAAUGAUACCUUUUGUGUUCCAUGACUCAUUCGGUAUGGUUAAUCUUCAGCUUCUUGUUAUAGGUUUGAGCGGUAUGUCGAAUAUGCACUUGAUAUUCCAAUGUGCUUCUUACACAGAAACAAAAGCUAUCUCAAUUGAUUUCUUGUCUGGGAAAACUUCUCAUCUAUCUCAUGAACAGCCCACCAUUAACGACUGGGAAAACCAUAUAGGAACAAUAUGGCCAGAGGUUCGGUUAAAGAGAUACUUGGAGAUGAGAGGAGCUGAUGGAGGUUCCAGGGAGAUAUUGUGUGCCCUACCAGCUUUUUGGGUGGGUUUGCUAUACGAUGACGAGUCUCUCCAAACUGUUCUUGAUAUGAUAGCUGAUUGGACUACUGAAGAAAGAGAGAUGCUUAGGACACAAGUCCCAGUCACUGGCCUUAAGACAAUGUUUAGAGAUGGUCCCUUAAAACAUGUCGCAGAAGAUGUCUUAAAGCAGGCAAAGGAUGGUUUGGAGCGUAGAAACUACAAAGAAACCGGUUUCUUGGAUGUUGUCACCGAGGUAGCUAUAACAGGUGUGACGCCUGCAGAGAAGCUCUUGAAGUUGUACAAUGGAGAUUGGGGACAAAGCGUAGAUCCUCUGUUUCAUGAAAUGCAAUACUAAGAAGACAAAAUAUCUUGGACAUGAGAUAUAGAGAUAAAACUCCUCUUAUUUCUAAUAACUUUAUAAGCUGUCGUUUGGUGUGUGGAGAAAAUGGUGACUCUCGGUCUCGGAAUAAGAAUUUUGUAGGUAACUUGUAAAAGAGUUUGAUUAAGUGGCACAGUUCAUGUGUGUUGAAUCAUCCUUGUCUAGAUGCAGUAUUUCUAUUAAAUCUACAAAUAUUUAAAUUUUAUUAUUACUAGAUAAGGAACCAUAUCGCACGGAAACUCAUUUUCUAAAAUUAAAUAUGUCAUAUUUUAUAAAAUAUUUUUUAGAUAAAAAUGAUUACAAUUGCUUUUGAUGAAAUAUAUGUAUUGCAUUAGUAUCUUAUAUACAACUUUAUUUAUUUAUUAAUAAUACUAAAAUUUAUAUUUAAUUUACAUGUUUUGUUGUAAUGAAAUUAUAAAUAUAUUUUAUUAUCCGUUUAGCUAAGUUAUUUAAAAUCUCAAAACAACUGAAUAUUUGAAACUAAUAAAAAGAAAACACAUUCCAAUCUAAUCAUUUACUAAAUUAUUAAUAAAAUAUGUUUUAUUACCCAUUUAGCUAAGUUAUUACUUAAACGAGUUAUAUUUCUUUUUUUAAUGCUGAUUUAUUAUGAUAUUACAAUUAUGAGAAAUAUUAUAUAGACGAUCUGACAACCGACAAUACUACCUGUCUUAUAAGGAUCUACGUCUAACUGCAUCACCUGAGCCGUCCUACGAAGAUCACGCCUGACCGAGUUUACUUGCACCAUGUUGAAGAUCCCUUGUAAGUCUUUCUUCCAUAGCCUGCAUAAUUGUUUAAUAAAUCGCUGUCUCCGGGAAUUGAAACCUGGAUCUACUGGUGUAGAAGAAUUAAUAAACUCUUAGUCAAACCAUUGAACUAACGGGGCUUCCACAAUUCCAGUUAUAUUUCUAUCAUAACAAUUAUUGCAUGAAUUUUUUACUCCCUAAAACACUUUAUGACUUUAGAUUUACAAUACAAGAACUUGAGAGGCACAUUAGUGUUGUUUGUCCAUCAUACCCUUCUUUCAACUCAAAAAUUAUUUUGUCUCUUGUCUCUCUAAGCCUGGAUGCAUCUGUCGUUAUCAAUAAAUAAAUUGGAUAUACAAAUUACUGAAUCAAGAAUGCUAUCCCUAAUUGGCAUCAACCUAAACAAACCUUCUUCUUUCCUCUCUUCAUCAUGUCUUCAUCAUUCUCAAGCUUCUCUCCAAAACAUUUCUUUUCUAUUUUAUUGAGAUUUGAAAAGUAAAUAAUUCUGACAAAUACAAAUCUUUUUGUAAUGAAGAUUUAAAGAAGGAAAUAUUGAAAAACUGAGAGAUUAAUGGUGGAGGAUUGGCGAAAUGGAUUUCGAGAGGCGACGAAUUUGAAACCUAUGUUCGUGACGAUCUACGCGACGUAAUCAUCGGCGCUCUCAUCUCCUCUUUUUAUGUAUUAUCUGUCAUUUACUCUUCCACGAAUGGCUCCACCUCAUGGUUCUCUUCUCCUCGUUUUUCCAGUAACCUCUCUUUCUCUUUCUCCGUCUAUACAUUUUCUCUAUUAAAAAAGUUAGGAUCUUUUUGUUGUUAUGAGUUUGAUUUCAAAAUUCUUUUAAUCAAUUCUCGUUUUUGUUUUGUUAGAUUUUUAGUGUUGUUGUGGAUUUCAAAAUCCAGAUCUGCAAAGUCUUAUUUCAAAAUCCAGCUCUGCAAAAGAUGUGUACGGGUAGCGUGUGGAUGGGGUUGCGUGGAUAGGUGGUGUGUGGAUAGCUGGAGCAUGGAUGGGUUACGUAUGGAUGGUUGAAUAGAUCUCUGGUGACUAGUGGAUGACUUCUAGUGAUGUCUUGCUUGGUGAAGUGGUUGCAGGUGAGCCGUCCACAACCAAUGUCUUGUUGUUGAUUUGAUACUCGUAUUCCACCUUUAUUGAUUCAGUUAAGAGGUGAUGUAAAAUAUGUUUAUUUUUUGUUGUGCUUCUUGUUUCAUUGGUUCUUAUUGUACAAAUAUAAUGAAUGAUCGUCUCAAAUUGUUGCUUUAUUAUUGUACUUUGUUUUAGCUAAUCCACAAAAAAUAGUUUUAUCAGUCUAUUGAUAGUGGAUCUAUGAUAUCCACGAUUAAUCCAUCCACAAUUUGUAUAUCUACAAUUCAUUGAUUCAAACAAUAUCACUCAUACUAUUUAAUCAAUAUUAUUUAUACAAAAUAUAGAUAUAAAAGAUAUGUACGUUAAAAUUGUUUGUCCAUAACUUGCUCUCUCCACAAACAAAAACAUUUAUAUAUCUAUGUCCACAAAUAUUUAUAUAUCAUUCAUCCAUGUCCACAAACAUCUCUUCUAUCUCAUUAAAGGGUAAAAUUGUCAAAAAAUCGGAUAGUUCUCACCAGAAAGUGUGUCAAAUGUGAGAAGUGUCUCUCAUUGUAAAAGAAAGACAAAAAGUGUCUUUUACUGUAACCAACUCUUAUUGCAUACAAGUGCAUCUCUAUCUUUUCAAGUUUCUUCUUACAAUUGUCACAUAAUAUUUAGUUCCAACCAUUUCUUGAACAAAUUUCAGUUACUUUUGCAUGACAUUUUAUCAACUUCGACAAUAUUAGAAUUACCAGUUUGUACUUUUUUUAAACAGUUACUAGUUAUAUCUCGAUAAUUAAAACAAUUACUAUUUCAUAUAUUUAUUUACUUGUUUUUAAGAAAGAAUAUAAAAAAAUGGAUUGUAUGCAUGUUGACUCAUAUUGAUAUGACCCUUCUCAUUUAUAGUAUUGCCUUAAAUUUUUGGAACUAAUACAAAUAAAAUUAACUGAAUUGAUAAACCAUAGAUUUACCUUUUUUUUAAAUCAUCAAUGGUUUUUAUUAUAUUUUAAGCAUUUUGAAGUUGAGGUGGUAUUGAGAUAUAAAUACUUUGGAAUGUUAUCAGUUUCUCAAUAAAAAAAUUCUAAGCUUAGAUUAAGAUACAAGAAUGACAAAAAUAGUUCUUCAUAUUUAUUGUAUUCUUCAAAGAUCUUUGAUAAUUUUUUAACAAUUUUUCUAGUUGUGAUUAUUGUGAUUUUCUAAAUAAAUAGCACUUAUUUCAAAUUGGUGCAACAUGAAAUGUUUUAACCAAUGCAAUUAUCAAAUUGGUGCAACAUAAAAUGUUUAAACCAAUGCAAUUAUUAGGUUAAUUUUGAAAAUUUCUUUUAAAUUGAUGCAAUCGUAGGAUGAAUAAACACAUUGUUAGGAAGAAAAUACACAUUCUUAGACAUGCAAUUCUUCCAAUAAGAAGACACGUUGAAGGAUGAUAGGAUUUGUGCAUAUAUAAAACACAACUAAACAUUAUGCCACCGCUUUAAUACCAAACAAUUUUUAUAAAAGAUAUACACAUACUUAGACGAGAAACCAGUCCUGAAAAACCUACACAACUAGAUUUUGUCCAAAUUCAAAAAAUAAAUAAGCAUUUGCGAAAUAAAUGAUAGGCGCAUCCAUAGUGAAUGUGAAUAAAGAUGUCAAUUGGGGAUAAAGUUCAAACUGGAUCUUGAAAACGGUGUAUUUGGAUCUCAAAAAGAUAGUUUUGAAAAUAAUCGAAUCUUUCUAGUUGAACAUAUUUGGGCUUAAAUUCUUUGGGUUUAGUAUAAUAAACUCAUAAUAACAUCUUUAAAAAAUUAUUUAUAUUUAAAAUAUUUAAAUGGCUCUUUAUAUAUUUUCAUUUAAAUCUAAUAAUGUUUUACUCCUAUUUUCUAUUUAUAAUUUUGAAGUGUUUGCAGAGGCAUGCCUGAACCCAUGGAAAUGAAACGACUUAUUUCUACACCCAAACUAUCAUAUAGCAGCAGUUCCACACGAUCUUUCACCCUCAUCUCAGUUGCUCAUAUUUUAAUUUUACCAACCUAUUUCUCCCCAAUUCAAAAGUUCGAAACCCGAACCCACAUAUCUUCGGUUAUUCAUCGAUUUAGUGGUUUGUAAGAGGUUAACUGAACCGAAAGACAUAAAAUAACCCGACCAGAGAUACGAUAUGUUAACCCGGUUCGAAUUCAGUUUUUAAAAACUCCCAAUUAUAUGAACCUAACAAACGACAAACCCCAUAAGCUCUCUCCUUCAUCUGGUGAAAAUCAAAGAUGAGCAAGAAUGCCGAAGUCUGAAGCUUGUCUAUUCAUCUCCUUCUUCGUCAUUGUAUGUCUCCUGAUACACAUUCUGUCGAAUUGGAGGCUCAUCUACAAAUUCACCAACAUCUUUCUCAAUGUUGAAGUCAUUACGCUCACAUCGAUCUUCAACAUCAGAGUCAUAACCAGUAUCUCUUCGGCACACAACCACAAAAUAUUUACAUCAUUCAACGUUUCCUGUGACAUUCUACAACAAAAGGAACCAAGAUAACCAGAUUAUAAACUUUGGAAUUAAACACAGAGUAAGCAAAAGUGAUUCAAACUGUCCAUAAAGAAUCUCCCACUGUCGACGAAAUCAGUUUGAAGAUUCAGUCUUCAGUUGCCUCUGUCUGUCGUGAGUCGAGAGAAAAACAAAGAAAUGGGGUUUUUUUUUCCUUAAUUAAAAUCGGUUAGCAUGUUGGGUUAGUUAAAUGAUGGUUUACCAUCACAAAUCUGGUCAUAAAGGGAUUAUCUUAGGUUUAAUUAGGUUUUCUAUUGGUUAGACUUAAACUCAAAAACCAGUAAACCAAUUUUAAUCGGCUUGGUGUAGCUUUUAGUUCACACAUAAAAUUACAUGUAGAUUCGGGUUUCGAACUUUCAAAUUGGAGGGAAAUAGGUCCGUAAAGUUACAAUAUGGGCAUUGAGACGAAAGUGAAAGAUCGUGUGGAACAGUGGCUAUAUGAUAGUUUGGGUGUGGAAAUAUGUCAUUUUCCCUUCUUUUUUUUGCCGGUGAAAUUGACUUACCGCAGUAAAAAGAGCUUACACCUACAUACAUUAUUAUACUCUUACAUAUUGGACAAUUGACCAAGCUAAUUUUCUUCUUUAUUUUUGGUGAACAAUAAAGUUGAAUUUGCUUCAAUUGUUCACUCUAUAAUAGAGUUACUCUAUAAUAUAGUAAAAUAUAGAGUAAUGUUAAUUUUUACUAAAAAAUAAUAUUACUCUAUUCUAUCAUUUACAAUUGAAGAUACUCUUAUACUUCUGAUUAAACUACCACGUGGAACUCUUACUUCGUUACUUUAUAUACAAAAAUUGUAUGAAGUCAGUUCCAUCACAUAUGGUUAAAAUAACAUGGCACGCAUUUGUCAUUACGAUUUUUAUAUCAUAGAUAUAUACUAAAGUUUGAUCUUAAGAGUUUAAGUUAUUUUAUUUUAACUUUUAUAGUAGCAUGUUUUAAGAGUUUAUUGUAUGUCCUAAAAAAAAUCUUUUUGUUAAACAGUGUGUUUUCCCCGAUUUUUAUUCAUAAGAAGGUGUUCGAAACAAAAUCCCGAAAAUAAAAGUAUCUUUGUAAGAAAAAGAGAUAAACAUGAAUUUCAUAAUUUAGGUUAAUGAUUCCAAAUACUUUAUUAGCUGUUUGAAAAUAAAAGAUUUUAAUUACUUGGUCAUAAAUCUAUAUAUAUUUUAAAAAACUAGAUCCCACUAAAUUAUAAGAUUUCGUAAUUAGAUAAUUAAGGGGAAUAUAUAAGAAUAGAUGACGAUCCUAUCAGAGACUAUAUAUAUAGGAUGGGCUUAUCAUAUUUUGCAUAAUUAAUCAAUUUCAAUGGGAUAUCCACCUAAACGAUCUCUGGAAUGGAUCGACAUACGAUUGAUAUUUGUUUUUUCGAUGAUGAUCUUCUUCCUUAUACUUAUUUUUCUCUCCCUUUGUGUUUUCCUCUUCUUACUCCAACAUGCAAAGACCUACAACAAAAACGACGACGACUUAUUAGCGACAUAUCAUCGAAGAUCAGAGAUAGAAUCUCCAACGAGCUAGAAGGAGAGCAGUUUUUUUUCACUUGUAAACUUGUUGGUGUUUAAAUUAAACGGUGUUUGCUUCUUUUCUUUUUUUUUUCUACUCAAAACGUUGCCCUAUAGCCUCUUGUCUCGGGCUUUGCGUAUGUAGUUUAUUCAGUUUCUUAUUUUUCUCUUGAUUUAACGAGCAUGUUGUGCACAUGGCUUACAAAUUCUAAAUCAUUUUUUCGCCUCAAAUUAUAUUAAAUUUUGAACCAAAAAAUAUUUUUAAAAUAUAUCCCCGCACUUUUAAAAUUUACCUAAAAGUUUAUUGGCAAGAAAUGUGACGUGGUGACGUGGCUUCACGAGAAGCUUUUAUUUAGUAAAACGCUUAGGUGUCACGCAUAGAACGUUUCUCACCAAAACUGUGAAUUUAAUGCGUUCACACUAACAUUCUUCUAAAAAAACUUCAUAUCAUCUAUAUUUUUCUCGACAAACAUUUUUACGUGAUAAACCUCCAGCUUCAAGUUCGAUUACUUGAUUUAUCAAUCCUCUCAAUAUAAUCAUAGCAUCAAUAAAGAUUCAUUAUUCCUCUAUAUGUUUCUGUUAAAAAUAGUAACAUAUCUGAUCUAUCGCCAUUAAGUCGAUAGAUCCAUAGAGACGACAAAGCGAUGAAACUUUAGUACAUGCCAAGUGUUAAUGAAAGAACUUUUAUCUCCAUACAUGUUUUCAUGCAUUUAGUAGAGCACUCACGUUCUUGAGAACCGCCUCUCAUUGCUGAAAGAGGACGUUGAAAAUCUAUUUCUAGAUAAAUAUGCCGUACUCGAUUUUGUUACUGCUCGAUAAGGUGAUCUCUGUUUCGAAGAGACUGAAUCACUGUAAAUCGUCUCGGCUUAGUGUAUUAGUCUUCUCGAGCAAGCAAUAUAAGCGUGUGAGUGUCACCACCUUCGCGAUAUGAGAGAUCUGCAUUAGACGACCUUGAAGAUGAGAAGAAACUUUUAGGAACGAACCACCAGCAAGUCUCACGUGCUGGUCGCAUCUAGAACAACCUUUACAAUUUAGAGGGUCAAAUAACUUUUAAUUUCUUUUAUUAUGCAACUAUGUUUUCUGAAUCUAAAGGAGACAUAGUUUUUUUAUUUCACACAGUUAUUGUUUUGCUUAUAAUAUGUUAUUGAUCCACAUUUUUUCGAUUUUAUUUGUUAAACCUCUAAGUCCAUAACUACUACAACGUGAUAAGCGAAAUAUAAAAAAAAUUAUUUUCUAAAACUUCUUCUUAAAGUUGCAAAAAUCAUAUAUUGAAUUUUAAUAUUAAUUAGUGAACUAAUUAUAAAAAGUAUUUGGUUUCGUCCUGAGAACAAUCGUACUUUUAGUUCUAUCUAACUAUCGCUUAAACUAUACCUUAUGUUAAACAUAGUCAUAAUAUAUAAUUUUAAUAUUAAUAUAGAAAUCUUAUUUCACGCAAAGCGCGGUUUACUAUCUAGUAUCCUUACUAAAUUAAAAGGAACACAAAACGACGAUGAAGUUUCUCUAUGAUUUUGAGUUCCAACUAUUAAAGUUGGUCAUUCAAUGGUAAGUAGUUUGUAAAAAGAAGAUCGCAACUAUUAACUUUUUAUUCAAUCAAAAAAAAAUUAUUAACUUUUGAACAUCAAUCACACGAACACUUUUGAACAUUAAUCACACGAACACUUACGGGGUAAACUUGUAACGCAUGAUAAAUAAAUAUAAUUAAUAAAUUCCAUUGAAAGUGUUUAUAUCACUCGUAGAAUAAAACAGAAGCAGAAAACAAAAUAUUGAGAAGUUCAUUCCACUUAUAAAGACGAUGACAAGAAUAGUAUUGUAAAUGCUUUUUCUACAAAAAAAAAACUAAUAACAAAUUGAACUAGUCCCAUGAUUAAAGAACAAACCAUUAAGUCUUCAAACCCGAUUGAGGAUAUCAGAUCCCUGGACCCUGGUCCACGUCGUGGUCGCUGGUCCCCUCAUCAGUUCUCAGAUUAGUAUAUGAGGGUUUAUCAAGAGAUAGCCACUGACGAACAUGAAAAAAUACUAUAAGGCUCAAAAAGAUAAGCCAAAGGAAUAUGCCUCCGACUGCCGCAUACAUUAACAUUAACGUUUCUUCCAAGGAGAGUUCACCAUCAUCAUCCAUGGUAGAGCAAUCGGCAAUGUGUUCAACUGAAACAAGUUUUUGUGCUAAACAAAGUUUUCAGUUUUUCCCUUAAUAACGGAAACAUACAUAUAUAUGGUACUAACUCCUAAUCAGAUUUGACUUGAGGGAUAUGACUUUGAUUAAUUGUUGAUAAGUAUUAAUUAAUCGAAUAUUACUUUCUGAAGAUAAUGAUCUAGAAAAGAUUACGCAACAAACGUAACCACAAGAUCUUUGUUGUAUAAACAAAACCAACACACACAAAUCUUUGUUGUACAUAUGAUACGUCUUCAAAUAAAAGGCUAAUUAAUGAAGUAAAUCCUGUAAGAAAUAAUUUUAAGAAAAAAUAAAUAAUUAAGAGCAAUAAAAACGAUAAAUACUGAAGUUUUUAACCAUUAAUCCAUAUAAAAUAUUACCACCACAACAAAAUUUAUAAAAUACUAGUAUUCGAUGACAUUCCCUAAAUAUUAGACAUGAAUACCAGUUAAUUUGUUAUCUAUGGUAAAAGGUUAAUAAAUCCUAUAUAUAUAAACUUGUUAUUCCUAACUCCUAAUCAGAUUUGAGUGAUAUGACUUUGAUAAAUAUUAAUUAAUCGAAUAUUACUUUCUGAAGAUAAUGAUAGAAAAGAUUACACAACAAGAUCUUUUUGUCGUAUAUCAACAAAACUAAUGCACACCAAUCUUUGUUGUACAUAUGAUACGUCUUUAAAUAAAAGGCUAACUAAUUAAGUAAAUCCCAUAAGAAAUAAUUUUAAGAAAAAAGAAAGAAAGUAACAGCACUAAAACGAUAAAUACUGAAGUGGUUAACCAUGAAUCCAUAUAUUACCACAACAAAAUUUAUUAGAUACUAGUAUUCGAUGGCAUCUCUAUAGUAUUAUUUGAGAAGUUAGUUUUCUAUGUGUCGCUCUCACAUUAACUCUCACGAUAGUCGAUUACACUGAUAUCCUUAAUGAAUUAAUUUACAUUUAAAAUAUUAUUAUUUUUAUUUAUUUUAGUUUCCUUUUAAAAAAAAUCCGAAAGAU